UUGAACGACUGCAACUAGUUUGGCCUGCUAAACGCACCCCGUGUAGCCUCUCUUCCUUAUCCCAGGCUGUUCGGAUGUAUUACCGGUCCCCCCUUAACCCUUCUGUGGACCCGUUAACGCCAUAACGUCAAACUGCGGACCUUACACGCACGGUACCUGGGUUGAAGGGUCAACAUAAAGAUAACAGGUCGCCAUGGCAACGGAACUGCUGCUUAACGAUUUGGAUACAAAAUUCUGCGCGGAUAAUUUGCUGACAAAUGAAGACUGGGAGACGGGACUGUACAGUUAUUUGGAAGAACCUGAAGAAGUUGGCGAUCUAUUAUCUCCGGAGUUCAGUCAUUAUCCGCUGCACUUGUAUGACAGCCACAUGGACGUUGAGACAAUUUCCUGGGAUGAAAUAUCCAGCAAGAACCUUUCAGAUCUCUUGGUGAAGACUGAGCCGGUGUCUCCUUUCUCAUCUUCGUCGUGUGAUUCCUCUUCUUCCUGUGACGGUCUCUACACGCAUUCUCUUAGAGAAGUCAGUGACUCUGUGAAGGUAGAGCUGUCUUCAUCAUCUCCAUGUCGGAGCCAAGACCCUCCAGUUGCCUCCUGUAACACUUUACAGAUAACGCUACUCCCAGUGCCUUCUGUAUCGGCUCAGUCCGGAUGCGUCUCAAAGUCCACCAGUAUCCUCUCUAAGAAGCCGGCCUUACAACCUAGACCUGCCCCCGGAGAUACGCCAACUCCUCCGCGCAGCACCGCCCCCCACACCAUCAUCCUGCAUCCCGUCACCAGUGCCCCCACUCCCGCACCAGCACCCACACUGACAGCUCCUCCCCCUGUGCUGGUCUCGCAGCUUUUAACAGUGCAAGCUGGAAAUGCCGGAACAUCUCCCGCUAAACCAGAAGCCAAGACCAUUGUGCCUGCACCGUGCUCCAGCAAGAGUAGCCGCCCUGAUGUUGAUCCUAAACUGUUAAAGAGACAGCAGCGGAUGAUCAAGAACAGAGAGUCUGCGUGCCAGUCACGCCGCAAAAAGAAGGAAUACGUGCAAGGGCUCGAGGCAAGGCUGCAUGAAACAGAACGGCAACUGGAUUGUGCCCGUAGAGAGAACAGAGAGCUGAGGGAGACCGUGCAGCAUCUGAUGAGAGAG